AUGGUCGCCUCUUCAACCACAAAACAACAACAACCCAAGGGAAGCGGCGGAUCUGCACUCAAGAGACUCAAAAACUCUCUAAAGGCAGCCGGUGUAGUCGGUCAACAGUCGAAAGCUAGUCGAUCCAAAAAAGACCGCAAGCGAGGAAUCCCCUCUGAAGUCGGCAAGAAUGAAGUCAAUCAAAAGCUCGGUCUGAUCAGAGGCGAGUUUAAUCCCUUUGAGAUCAAGGUCAAUCGCACAAAGUUUGACAUUGUCGGACGUACUGUCAAGGGUACUGUUGGUAAACCCACAUUGAGCAAGCAGAUUGGUGAAGACAAUCGUAAGAAAACCUUAUUGUCUGAGCUGCGUGGAAAGCAUCGUGUGGGUGGUAUUGUGGAUAAACGUUUUGGUGAAACAAACCCUCACUUGACACCCGAAGAGAAGAUGUUGGAGAGAUUCACAAAAGAAAAGCAGAGAAAUGCUCGUUCAGGUGGAUCCAUGUUCAAUUUGGAUGAUGAUGAAGAGGCUGACUUGACCCAUUAUGGCCAGUCUCUCGGCGACAUGGAUGACUUUGACGACGCUGGUCUGGAACUCAGCGACGACGAAGAAAGUGGACAGCUCAACCGUAACAUUGUCAACAAAAUGCACUUUGGUGGUUUUGAAGGUGACAAGGAGAAUGGUGAGGAUGGUGAACGCCACAAGUCCAAGAAUGAAGUCAUGAAAGAGAUUAUUGCAAAGAGCAAACUCUACAAGGUAAAUAGAUCAUUAAAUACAUAUAUAAAAAAAUUAUGA